AUGCGUUUUACCCCACCAUCUUUUGCCUCCCUGACUUGUUGGUUCCUCCUUUGCAGCAAUGGAGCUGCCAUGGAAUCAAAGGGUCCCACUGGCGCCUUGCAAAUCGACCUCGUAUUCCCCCGGAAUGAGACGUACAAUCCGUCCCCAGUAAUGCCUAUCAUCUUUUCCUACCGCAACCUCGGGCUCGUGCCAUACCUCAUACCUUCAAUCACGUACGAGAUCUGGAAUUACGAUAACUUCAGUGCAGACAGCGCUGGUGGCAGUAUCGAAGUUCCGUUGGUCAAUGACUCCAGCAUCGACCCAUACUUUGAGUAUAUUCCGCACUUGUAUCCUUUCAACACUGAAGGUACUUGGCAACUGAAUUUUCACAUUCGCUGGAUCCGCUGCUAUGUGGCACCUGCAGAAAAGGGUCGUGGCGAACUGGACAUGUGGGGUGUCAACGAAACUGAUAUUGGCGGAAUUAUCUUCGCCACUAAGGGCCCCUCGAAGCAGGUCGAUCUUGUUGCCGCGACUAGCAACAAGAACUGCUCGUUCCCUGCGGGGGCCGCCAUCAACGUCACGGACACAAUGUCGACUCCUUAUUUACUCAGGGAUUACGACCCAGAUGUCUGCCCAAUGGUUUCGUCCCCAGAAAUCAAGGCAGAUAGCUGUGACGUUACGCUAGACCCUACAGCUGCCUCGAGUAUUGACGCCGAGAUGACUUCUUGGGUGUGCACCCGGGUUUGGGAGACAAACCGACCUAAAGGAUUUGAUUGUGAAUCUCGAAAGGAGGAAGAGAGCACAGCACUGCGAAGCAUUACAGGAGGGGCGAGUUGCUUGGCGUUCGUGUUGGGUAUUCUUGUCUACAUCUACAAUUUUCUAUAA